AUGGCAUCAUCUAGUGAAAAUGAUGAUGAUUCAACUUUCUAUGACGCUAAUAGUAGUUGGACUGAUAUUGAAGUAACCAAGUCUCUUCAACAAGAUCCGCGCUGGGCAUUGUUAUCAAAAAGCGACUCGUCAAAUAAAUCUGAACAUUUGUAUACGAUUUCAUUAACAGAAAAUCAAUUGCAUGAUAUCGCACGACGAGAUAAACUUCGACGGUUACGCGCACAAGAAGAUCAUCUCGAUCGAAUAAAUCAGAAUCAAUUGACCACACCACUCACAUCGCCAACGGACUCGAAUUCAUUACUAUCUUCAAUUCAAUCGAAACAAAUCGACGAUGAAUUAUCGAUUCGCGAAGACUCAUCAACAGCACCCGAUCUCCUACGAGAUCAUAUAGACAAUGAACAAACACGUCGACAAAAAAAACCAUCAAUUUCAUCAACACCGAAACCAACUUCUGUAAGUGCAUCGCCUGCCGUACCACCCUAUCAACAGCAACGAUCAUUACCCUAUCCGACGUUACCAGUUAUUUCCAAUACACGUAGUACCGGUGAUUACUAUUCCAAAAUAACGAACUUAUCAGCAAUUAGUGAGCCAAAUAUAGUGGAACUCAGUCUCAUUGAUCGUAAAACCAAGUUCGAAGACUUCACUAAUAACAAUCGAAAAUUGAUUAAUACUCAUGAAGACGAUAAUCUCCGACAAUCGCAUAUUCAUAAUCUAGACAAUGGAAAGUAUCUCUCUAUCGGUGAUGCAAACCCAAUGACGCAGACAAUUCUUGAACGUGUUCAGGGUAGUGUUAGUGCUAUGACAUUGCGUCAGAGCUCAUUGUUAAAUAGCUCAAAUACGACCAGUCUUCUUCGGCGAAAUUCGUCGGAAAACAAUAAUAUGAACGGAGGAAACAAUUUAGAUGUGAAUAUGAGUCGUCAACGACAUCAAUCCAAUGGCGAAGAGGACGAGGAUGACGACAAUGAAUCGACGUCAUCGGAAUCCUCAAGUACGAAAUCGAGUCAUACAGCACCAAUUUCAUCCUCGUCAUCUUCGGCAGUUAAUAAAUCAUCAAUGGCCGCCGUACGAGCAGCAUCAUCAUUAUUUCACGAUGGCAAACGACAAAUCUCACGCCUAAUGAGUCGAAGUUUUCUACGUAAAACUGGCAAAAAAGCAGUUCAACAUCAUAUUCAUGACAUUGAUGAAGAAGAGGAAGAUAGCGAAAGACUACUGAUAAACGAUGGAUCAAAUGGCGACUUGAAAUAUAAAGCAUCAAGAAAUCUUAAAGAACCAUCCCAAUUUGAUCGAACACAAUUACUACAAACCAUUGUUAAUGCUCAUAAUGGACCUAUUUGGUGUAUGAGAUUUUCACCCGAUGGUCACCUGUUGGCUACAGGCGGUCAAGAUAGUCUACUUAAAGUUUGGGUACUAAAAUCCGCUCAACCACAUUUCGAUGAAUUUGCGCGUAUGACGGCAAAUCCAUCGAAACAGCAAAACGAAAUUCUAACAAAAAAAUUCGAUGAAUUCCAUCAAACGAUAUCAUCCGAACAGUCUACGUCGACUAUCAACACCAAACUUGGCCUGAACGAAAUGCAGGCUCCGCUCUACGCACGACCUUUCUGUGAACUUCUCGGACAUCAGGCGCCUGUUUUAGAUGUCGCUUGGUCAAAAUCUUUGUUCAUUCUCUCGUCAUCGAUGGAUAAGACUGUACGAUUGUGGCAUUUAAGUCGAUCCGAGUGUUUGUGCUUCUUUCGGCACGUGGAUUUCGUCUCGGCAAUCGCUUUCCAUCCUCGGGAUGAUCGAUAUUUUGUGUCAGCGAGUUUAGACGGACACGUGCGUUUAUGGAAUAUUCCUGACAAACGUGUUGUUUAUUGGUCGUUAAUUCCUGCUCAAGCAUCAUCACAAAUCACAGCGGCUCAAGCGAACCUCAUCACUGCAGUGAACUUUUGCGACGACGGUCGAAAAGUAACUGUCGGAACAUUUGAUGGCCGAUUUCUACUCUACACGGAUUCUCUACAAUACGAUACGGUCAUGAAUAUUGGUGAUAAGGAUGGUAGUCGAAGUCACCGUUCGAGAAAGAAACGACGAAAACCAUAUAAAAUAACAGGCAUCGAAUCGAUGAACUCCAAUAAUUCGAAAGUGUUAAUCACGUCUAAUGAUUCUCGCAUACGUCUCUAUGACAUUCGUACGAAAGAAAUCGAACGUAAAUAUCGUGGAUAUUCCAAUCAAUCCAGUCAAAUUCGAGCGUCAUUCAGUUCGGACGAUCGAUAUAUCAUCAGUGGUAGCGAAGAUAGUUGGUUUUAUAUCUGGAAAACGGAACCGAGUAGUACGAUAAAUCCCAAUGGAAAUAGUAGUGCAAAUGCAAAAUUAACACGAAAACAACGCCGCCAUUUUGAUCGUGCCUUCGAACGAAUUCGAGUUCAUAAUACAAUGGUGACAUCAGCCAUAUUUGCACCGAAUUCGAACGCUAUUAUGGAUUAUUUAUAUGCAUCCACAUCAACCGACAAUUCUUCCUUAACAAACCGUUCAAAUAAUCUCGCUCAGUUAGCUCGUACAGUUCCAUUGACCACUCCGACGUCGAACACAAAUCGAACACGUUUAAUUUGUGUCCAUGCUGCUCCAAGUCCAAUGGAGACUCCGUCAUCCACCCCAUCCUCGUCCUCAUCAUCGACAACGAAUAGUGGACCUGUCUAUGUUAUGGUUACAGCAGAUUCGAAAGGACAAUUGAAACUUUUAGUCAAUCGAUUUCAUCGUUAG